ACAUGCCGGAUGUUUUCCUCGACAACCACUUGCGAGCGCUGACAGUUUAUUUUCUUUGCAUGUUACAGUGAUUAUCGUUUCAUCAUCAAGUGCUGGUUGUUUUUUUUUAGUUCUGUGUCUAUGUGUACACGAUAACCAGGGUAGUCGUCAUGUCAAACACUACUGUCGGCGUGAGAGGGUCAUCUAGCGAAGCAUCAGGCUCUAAGCUGGCGGUAGUGUAGUCAGCGUUCGAGGGCGGUAGUAAUGGCAGGUGCCCCUACUCACGAAGCUGGCAUGCUGUGGAGACUGAUGAACCGUAGUGGAACAGAAAGCAAUGGAGAUAACACAAAAUGGCUGGAUGCUUACCACGACCCCAUGUCAACACUGUACACAUUUACACAGUGUAUGACUCUCUCGGACAUCCAAGCUGAUGGAGACUGGAAGCUGAUUGUUGCCGAUCUGGGGACUGGCAGCUAUGACAUGAAGCUAAAGGUGUACAAGAACACCAACAUUUUGAGUGAACACACAAUCAUUGACCUGCCGACUGGGGUGGUCACAUUCUACAUGGACACACUGGAACCGAGGACACCGGAUCUUAACAUAGAGCAGUCAUAUUUCUCUUUUAUUGACUUAUAUAUCAAGUUCACCCUCCUGUCAUCAUCCAUCUGUCUGACAUCUUAUGACAUUGUAAUCCUGGAACAGGAGCUGUGGAAUCAGGCCAAGGAUGACCGUGUGAAUGUUUUCAUCCUAAGAGAAGCACUGGAAGGAUUGAGAGUUGAAGGCAACACUUUGACAGUGCGGUCUCUACGGUUCCUUCAGUUAGAGGCCAAUGACCUGGAGGCCUUUGCCAACCUGCACAAACACUUUCCUCUGAAACGACAGACAGUGAUCACAUGCCUUGCCACCUUGAAGAAAUCCAUGGCUGAUGACGAUGCCAUCAGCUGUCUGGUACUGGGGACAGAGAACAAGUCUAUAUAUGUCCUAGACCCAGAGGCAUUUACAGUGCUCACUACAAUGGAGCUGCCCAGUGUCCCUGUGUUCCUCAGUGUGAAUGGCCUGUACGAUGUGGAGUACAGGAUAGUGGUAGCCUGUAGGAAUGGAUGUAUCUAUACUCUGAAGAGGGGAUCAACUGAGGGAGCCAAAUACACCAUAGAACUCAAUUCCCAGCCCGUUGGCAUGGAGAGAAUCAACAAGAACAUCUACGUGGGCUGUAUGGAUGAAACAAUGCACUGCUUCACUUCCAAGGGAAAGAAAUUGUGGACAAUAAAAUUGCCUGCAAGCAUUACCACAAUGCACACCAUUGACUACAAACCAAGGGGAUUCAAGGCUGUCCUUAUUGGCCUCAACAACUGUGAGGUACAUAUAUACAAAGAGAAGUAUCUCGUAGAUGUCAUCAAGACCUCCGAUGUUGUCACAGUACACUUUGGGCGCUUCGGGAGGGAGGAUGGCACGCUGGUCAUGUCUACUCGAGGUGGUGGACUGUUUGUGAAGAUUUUGAAGCGGACUGCAUCCUUUCAAGAGAAGGAUCUUUCAGCAGGUCCACCAGUGGCCCAGAACGUGAAGCUGAAUAUUCCCAAGAAAACCAAACUGUUUGUAGACCAGACCAUGAGGGAAAGAGAGAAUGCUGUCACGAUGCACCGAACGUUCCAACGUGACCUGUACCUGCUGCGACUAAACACAUCCCGCCAGUACCUCAAGGCCCUGGAGACCAGCAUGAACCCCAUCUCAUCCGAUCCAGCCGAACCAGUCAAACUAUCAGCACAAGUGCAAGGUAUUGGUCCCACAUUCAAGAUGACAGUCAACCUGCAGAAUACAUCUCUCAGCCAAGCCUCCUCCAACCUUUUCAUCACUUUUGACUAUGAUGAAAAGCUGUAUAACUUCAGGAAAACACACAUCAAGGUGCCUAUGUUGGUGCCAGGGUUGAACUACUCCUAUGACACAUUCAUAGACUGUCAGAGUGACAAGGGAGUGUCCGACAAUGUCAAGGUAUAUGUGCUGAAACAAGGUCGGAGUGUCCCCAUCAUCACCGGCGUCAUCAGCAUGCCUGUCAGUGAGGCUAUCGUCGUCACAUGAGUUGCAGGAAACAGCACAACACAUCUCUGAGUUCUCAUCCAGCCUUGAUACAAGCUGGUCACAAAUUACAGCAGUGAAUGAUAUGGUGUCAAUACAGCCUGGUCAUAUUUGUAUCUCUUUCACACUGGAAUGGAAAAUAUAAAAGGUAUCAAUUAGGGUAAAUGUCACUUUUAUUCAUUCUUUGUCAUUGUGACCACCCCAGUUGCUCACUGGGGCUGACAGUGUAGGACUGUUGUGGUGAGAAGGACAAGAUCACCUUGCUUAAACAAUAUUUUGUAUUGACAAACAUCUCCCCAUGUUCAUAUAUACACCUGGAUAAGGUCCAUUACUUUCCUAUGUUCCAA